UAUAAUUUUAACGUAAUUUUUUGAAGUAAUGUUUUAAUAUUUAUUUUUAUAUACGUCUUUACUAGUUUUAGUUAAUAUUUAAUCAAGUACUGUGGUUUACCGUGCGGCCAUUGACCCCCUGCUGAAUGGACUUGUCCACCCAUGAGAGAGGGGGAAAUUAGCGGAGGGAGUUGGCUGACGUCACGGCAGUGUGACGUAUGCGGCGAGCGAACUUUUUUGGACACUUGGCAGUCGAAGUCGAGAGAAGCUUGCGGGCGGGUCAGUUGUGAAUAUGAGAUCCCAGGGUAACCCCGUGCUCGGGGGUUGGGACGCGACCCACACUUCGGUAUGAACGGUUAACUAUGGAUACUGCUUCGCGGAUUUAUCGUUGCCGCGGCCCGCAUCAGCUGCAUUAUAUUUUGGAUAACCUGUAAUUUACGGCAACGUAGUUCGCAUCAACGAUUUUUAACUUUUUCGCAAGUCGCGAGUGUAAUUCCACCACGCCCCGAAGUGCGUCGACCGGCGCCAUUUGACUGUGCAACAUGGUCGUCUACGCCCAGUCUACAGCCCGGGUACCCGAGGCGCUACAGUUUGGUAAAUGUCUACGGCACGGCGAGCACCAAUGUUUCAGUAUUUUUGGAGGAUGGCAGUGCAGAAUUGCUGCCCGGUUUUGCAAAACGAAACCAUUAAGUCAUCCCAAAUGCAUUCUAGGAGCAAGACUGCAAGAAGGAGACACAAACUCAAGGCAUCAUGGGACUCCACAUUCCCUAUAUCGAAGCCGCCGUGGCUGCUCUCGGCGCUGGUGGUGAGCGUGUGCGCGGCGGCGUGCUACGCCAACUCCCUGGGCGGCCAGUUCGUGUUCGACGACUCCGAGGCGGUGGUGAACAACGAGGACCUGCGCCCCGGGACGCCCGCCUGGAACCUACUGCGCAACGACUUCUGGGGGACACCCCUCAGGCACAACCACAGCCACAAGUCGUACCGCCCCCUCACCGUGCUGUCCUUCAGGUGGAACUACUGGACGAGCGACGGGCUGCAGCCGUGGGGGUUCCACCUCACGAACGUGGCGCUGCACUGCGCGGUGUCCGUGCUCUCGCUGCUGGUCUACGACCGUCUGUUCGGCUGUCGAAGCCCGCGCGCGUCGCUUCUCGCGGCCCUGCUGUUCGCGGUGCACCCCGUGCACUCGGAGGCGGUGGCGGGCGUGGUGGGGCGCGCGGACCUGCUCUGCUCGCUGUUCUACUUCGUGUCAUUCCUGCUGUACUGCCGCGCGGUGAGCGCCGCGCGGGGGCUGGCGCAGGCCGGCCUGGUGGCGGCCAGCGUGGCCGGAGCGCUCGCCGCCAUGCUGUGCAAGGAGCCGGGCAUCACCGUCAUCGGGCUGUGCAGCUCGUACGACGUGGCGGUGGUGUCGCGACUGGGGCCCCGCGACCUGCUGGCCCGCGUGUCCCGGACGGAGCCCCCGGGGGGCUCGCCGGCCCCCUCCUCCUGCAGCUCCGGCUCGGGGGGCGACGGCCCUCGCCGCAAGGCGGCUCCCCGCCCCCUGCCCCGCCCCCUGCUGUGGCGGCACGCCGCGCUUGCCGCCGCCGCCGCGCUCAUGCUCGCGCUGCGCUGGUGGGUCAUGGGCUCCGCCCCGCCCGCCUUCCACCGGGUCGACAACCCGGCUUCCUUCGCCGACAGCUUCUUCACCAGGGUGCUGACGUACAACUACGUGUACGCGCUGAACGCGUGGCUCCUGGUGUGCCCCGAGUGGCUGUGCUUCGACUGGUCCAUGGGCUGCGUGCCGCUGCUGUCGGCGCGGGACCCGCGCGUGCUGGGCGCGGGGGCCCUGUGGCUUGUGCUGGGCGCUCUGCUGUGGAGCCUGCUCACCCUGCCCCCGGGGGACCACCAGAGGAGACUGACGAUGGCCGUAGCGCUCACGCUGGUCCCCUUCCUGCCGGCCACCAACCUGCUGUUCCGGGUGGGCUUCGUGAUCGCGGAGCGCGUGCUGUACCUGCCGUCGGCCGGCUUCUGCAUGCUGGUGGUGCUGGGCUGCUGCCGGGUGGCAGCUGCCUUCCCCCGUGCCAGACACGCGGUGGGGGCGUGCUACCUGCUGCUGCUGCUGGUGCUGGGCGCGCGCGCGGCCUGGCGCAGCGCGGAGUGGCGCAGCGAGGCCUCGCUGUUCGCCAGCGCGCUGGCCGUGUGCCCCCUCAACGCCAAGGUGCACUACAACGUGGCCAAGAACGCGGCGGACGCCGGCAACAGGAGCUACGCGGUCCGGGAGUACGAGACCGCCCUGAGGCUGAACCCGGAGUACGACCAGGCCAUGAACAACCUCGCCAACAUCCUGCGGGACGAGCGACGGCUGCCCGAGGCGGAGCGCCUGCUGAGGAGAGCCGUGGAGCUGAGGCCGGUCUUCGCAGCGGCGUGGAUGAACCUGGGGAUAGUGCUGUCGAACAUGCGGAGGUUUCGGGAGGCGGAGGAGAGCUACGCCACGGCCCUGCGGCACCGCCGGAACUACCCGGACUGCCUCUACAACCUCGGCAACCUGCGGAGCGUGAGCAGGUUGAAGGACGUGGGUCGCCGCGUGUCGUGUCGGCAGUACCUGGAGCAGCGGAGGUACGACGACGCGCUGCUGGCGUGGACGAACGCCACGGCCCUGAAGCCAACCCACACGGUGGCCUGGAACAACAUGGUCAUCAUGCUGGACAACAUUGGGCGCGGGGAGCAGGCGGAGCUGGUGGCCCAGCGAGCCCUGGAGCGCCUGCCCGCUGAGCCGUCGCUGCACUUCAACCUGGCCAACGUGCUGGGCAAGUCGGGCCGCUUCGCCGAGGCGGAGAGGCACUUCGCCGAGGCGGUGGCCGCCGACCCCCGCAACCCCGUCUACCACACCAACCUGGGCGUGCUGUACCACCGCUGGAAGAAGUACGCGCGCGCGGAGCGGCACUACCGGCGCGCGCUCGAGCUCAGCCCGCAGCUGCAGAGCGCGCUCGAGAACAUGGCGCUGCUGCAGCGCACGCUGGCGAGGGCCGGCACGCACCCGGCGCGCGGCUAGCCCGGCACGGCACGGCACGGCACGGCACGGCACGGCACGGCACGGCACGGCACGGCACGGCACGGCACGGCGCGGCACUGCCGGCGCGCGCUCGAGCUCAGUCUCCUCUCUCCUUCCAGUGCACGAUGUCUGCCGUUUCAGUUUGCCCUGUGGCCAGGUACAACCCACAGAGCACAGAUGUUUUUGGACAAACUUUGUAAUCAAUGAAAAUUUUUCAAAAAUUUAAAAGGAAAAUUUUGAAUAAGAAUCUAGGAGUUGUAUUUUAUCAAGAACAUAGUCUGAUAAUAUUCAAUUUUCACUUUUAAGAUAACGUAACUGAAAUAUGCGAUCUUGGAUCUAACAAUUUUUUCUAUCAAAUAUUUUUUAUAUAAUUUAAUAUUAAAAAAAUUUAAGUCUGUUUAUUAAUAAUCUGACUGCUACAAAUAGUUUAGGAGUGAUAUUUUUUUUUUAUUUCAGUAUGUAUGCAACUCUAAUAAUACUGACAAAAGACACUAUUUGUGUUCUUAUAAAAUUCAACAAAUAGUAAAAUAGAAAAAUUCUUAAAACUUAAAUUAAGUAUUGAUUACGUACAAAAUAAGAAUUUUUACUGUUAAGAAGCUGGGUAUUAGGUAUCAGUCUGGCAACACUGCACUGCAACUAAGCGUGAUACAGACUAUAGCCUCAUGCAGUUAUACUUGUAAGCUUGCGUGCCCCAUGCGUAGCCAGCCUUCAUCUUUGCACUGGCUUCUUCGCUCAAUGCGAGUUCCUUAACCCCAGUGUGGGCGCGCCACACCAAGCAAUACAGAGACACUCUAGGAUAGAAUCCACAAUCCCCCACAUGCUGGGGCAAAACUUCCGUUACAUUGAAAUGUUGUGUGGCCUGCCCGUGAUUCAGUACUUUUUCUUUUUGUCUUAUGGCCAGUUGCACCAUCUGAGUUCCGGUGUGAUCUCGUUCAUAAACAUGUUUGAUCAUGGUUCAACCACAUUUAUGCUGAGAUGAACAGACAGUUGAGGCGGUUCGUGGAUAAUGAUCUCCAAUCAACACAGUGCAAGCAGGAAUUUAUAUGGAAUUUAUCGAGGUUAUUAUUGUAACCAGGCAUAAUAAUUAGAGAAUUAUUACUAAAAUCUGGCUUGGUAUAAAUUUACAACCACAUUCUACAUGUAAUACGCCCAUAUUUUGUGUGUUUGUAAGACUCAUUAUUUUAGUAUUUCUAAUGCUUUAAUAAGGCUUUUUAUUUUGUUACAAUUACUUUCAUAUUAAAUAUAGGCUUUUUCAUAUAGCAAAACCGAUUCAUACACCAUGCCAUUUUGUUUUGCAAUAGCUUUUAAUUAUCGGUUUGUGUUUUUCAAUUGUAGUCAAAAAUCUGAAGCGGUACUGCAGUGCCCACAUGAGCUUCCAUUAUGUGGCGACGUCAGCCAUUUGCUCGCCAUGUCGCAGUCAAUUGUAGCGACUUCAUAUCGUUCUAGUGCACCAAUAGAAAUGAUUCCUAACAUUUUUCGACACUGCUGCUAUCUCUUGCCACAGAUUGAAAACGUAUGAGUUUUGGCUGACCCGAGCGAAGGUUGUGUAGUCCCUGAAUGUGUUGGCACAAUGUUCAGAGGAGUGAUGUAAUGAUCAUUCUUGGGUGAAGAAUGGUGCAACUGGCCAAUAGAGUCUUUUACGUGAUCUAUGGGCCAGUCGUAGAAGCAGGCCAAAACUAAAAUUAUUAGGAAGUUUUGAAAUGAGGCCUCAAUAUUUCUCAGUUCCUGGCAGUUCUUUCCACAUCUUGCUGUGUGAAGUGGUCCAUAGAGCACUGACUGCUAUCAGUCAUGGCAGAAGGAUGAUAUGAAUCACAAGCAAUAAAUUAUUAUUAUUAAUCAUAGGGACACUGAUGUUUAAAAUUUUACCUAACACACAAAAUAAAUGCAAUGUAAGUUUUAUUAAAAGUCUGGUGAAUUAGCGUGAUCAAAAGAUACAUUGUAUGAUUUGUGUGCAUUGCAAUCAUUGUAUUUUUUGCGAAGACUGAUUACAAAAGUACUUAUAUCUAAACGUGAGUCAUCUUAACUGAAUGUUAACAUGAAACUGUCGGGUACUUGUGUGAGGCAAACCUUGUAGUAACUUCCAGUAAUUAUCCAUUUUGAUUUAUGGAAGUAUCAGAUUUUGUGUUUGUUUCCUGGAUUCAGCUUACACAAAUACUUAUUUAUGUAUUAUACAUAGUAGUAAUACUGAAUUACGUAUUUCUCAUAUCUGUUACUUACCAUAACAAUGUUAGCACUGUACUUUUUCAAUUUUAUGCUAUUCUUGAAUGUGAAAUUUUUUACAAACUUGUAUUUGAAAGCUGUACUAUCAACAUGAUGUUAGUUGGCCAGUUGGGAAAAUGCUAAAAUGGUAUAUCUAUAGUAGAUAUAUGUAAGUAAAUGAUGGGAACCUGAAUAUAAUGUGACCCAAUACUUUUUGAUUAUAAGUUUAUGAAUAAGACUUUAUGGAUUGUAAAUUGCAAUUCAAGUACAACGCUCUUGAAAAUUAAUUAAAUUAUUAGUUUAUUCCAUUUUUACUAGACCCCUUCUGGUGCCACUUUCAUCAGUUGAGUGAUUUUCAUGGUCUCUUUUGAAACACCAGGCAGCAGCUAGAGAAAAAAAAAAAUAUAUAUAUAUUUUUUAUGAUUGUAGUCCAAAUGGCUAUUCAGAAAGCAAAGAUUGUGUUGAUAGCAGCUGCAGUGAAGAGACACAGAAAGAACCCAGUGGCACUCCAUGUACCCCCUCUCCUCCAUCCUGCAUCUCUCAUCUGUCAGUCGGUGCAGAGGUGCAGAAGCCUCGGACUAAAGUGACAUGAGUGAUGCAGUUUACAUACAGGCAGAUCAUGGGCGUCGCAACCGGGGGGGACGGGGGGGGACACGUCACCCCCCAAUAAUAAAAGUAUUUUUUUCUGUGUGUUUGGUUUUUGAAGUUUCCUGUCUAAUAUAUAUUUUUAAAUGGUUGUGAAUGUAAAUAGUUUACUUAAAAGGCAAUGGUUGUGUAUGAAAUUAGCUUUAAGGUAACGAAAGCAUUUUAAUAAGUAGGUACUAUUUUUGUUUGUUUGUUUGUUUGUUUGAGGAAAUGUUAAUGGCAACAAAAUGUUGGUCUGCAUCCUACUUAAAAUGGACCAUUUUGGUUUUGGUUAAAGUUUCGCAGAAUACAGUUAAAGUGAACUGAAAACACAGUGGAAAAAUUAGGAAAAUACAAACCUAAACCACUGUAUAAAUCUCAGGACCUCUGAAUUCCUGUGCUACAGUUAUUCAUAGGGACAACAGAGCACAGUAUUUAUACAAGAAAAUUAUGCACGUUUAAAAGUACUUGGUGUGUAAAUUUUCAUUCAGUGCUGUCAUUUUCAAAUUGUUUAUCUUUGAUGACUUAAGAUUCUUUUUGACAGGAACAAUGUCUUUCUUGUAUUGUCUGUAAAUCUACAGUGAUUCGUGUUUGAUGGAUGAACGGUAUGGUGAGGGGAGGGGGAAGGCUGGGAAAGUGAGGUUGCAUUGACCGAGACCCGAAGUGGACUUCACUUGUGCUCGGACUACCGUCCCCGGCCCAUCAGCCUCACAAGACCCAGCCACUCUGCUGCUAUCUGCUUAUUGCCGGCCGAAGGUCUGAACGCAGGCCAUCACACACUGGGGCAGUACACCUAUCCCUCACUCAGCACGGCUUCAGAUUGUGCGAAUUCAUUCAGCGCGAUUUUAAUUUUACUGCCUCAGUCUCAAAUGGCACAUCUGUAAACUUCAGUUAGCACGAAAUCUCGGCAGGCAAAAAAAAAAAGUCCAGCACGACGCCACGAAGUCUGUUUCAACUUCUGUGAGCAUGUGCUGUAGACACAUUUAGCCAAACAAGGGGGGAAGAGAAUCGCGCGCAGGUCUGUCAACGUUAUCGGCUGUUGUACAAACAUCAGCUGUGGCAAGCUAAAGUGCGGCUAUGGUGUGUAAAGGACCAAAUGUUUUUUUACGUCCGCGCGUAUGCCGCCAUACCGUACCGUACCGUACCGUACCGUACCGUACCGUACCGUACCGUACCGUACCGUACCGUACCGUACCGUACCGUACCGUACCGUUGUCGCCUGGCCACAGACCAGGCAGUGAACUCAGUCUAGCCAGUGGCAGGGAAUUCACUCAAAAAAAUGUAACGUGUGCCCAUUCAGCUGCCGGUAACUGUACAUGCUUGAUCACUCAUAAUACAUCGUGUUCAAGUAUUUGAGACAAAACUGGAAGUAUUACGGUGCGCAGACUGUCAGGCCACGCUUAUGUUGGUCACACUAUAGUUUUAAGCAAGUCAAUUGUGCGCACAAUCGUACUAAAUAAGGACUCUUACCAAUAUAAGUCUGAUGCUGUUGGUUGUACUAACGGGAAUAUAUUUGACAUUAGAUACCGGAACAGAAAUGAACAUAUGAUUCACGUGGAAAAGGUUGUUAAAUGAAUGUUACAUUGAAAAAAAAAAUCAUUGGCCUGAUAGGAUUGGUGUGAACCAGGUGGUGAUACGCGAAUAAGCGCUUUAAUUUUUGAAAAAUUAAAAUGUAGUUAUCCGGACAGUAAUCUCGGUUUCACUGUCAGUAAAGGUUGGUUUGGAAAGGUACGCGACGUGAGUUGAAGGUCACGCCCGGGUGGGCAAGUCAGCCAGCCGACUGACGAUAAAGUACAUAACCACGUAUCUCCCGUUACGUGGUGUCGUAUUUGUCAUACAAAGUGCGAUGGGAGGCAUAUAAAGAUAAAUGGUGUGACAUAUUCAUAGUUGAGUGUUAUUCAAUGCAUUUUUAUUACGUAAUGUAUAUUUUCCGACACAAUUUUUGAACACAUUAAAUAAAUUAGCUUUCCUAUUUACGGAAACUAAUGCUUCUGAAUACGCGAUUUCGAAUAACACGUGCAUUUUUAGGAAUGAAUUAGUUGUGCUAAGUGAGGGAUAGGUGUACCACAGUAGUGGUUGUGCGGUACAGGGGUAAAACACUCGCGUCAUUUUCGGCAGUGUCGACACACUUGAACGACUGCACCUGGACUAGACUGCAGGGAACUCAGAUUGAAAGGUUGCCCUAAACAGCGAAGAUCGAAUGGGAACUGAACAGAAACAAAAGGCGCCAAUAAAAAUGGUAGAAAAUGUCUAUAAGUAAUGUCACGUACCAGUCUUGAUAAUCAUUUUAUACUUAUUCACACACUAUUCUGAAGUUCUUUUGGGAUUACACUUAAAUCCAUACAGUUUAGAAUAUUUAACAAAUACAUAAUUCAAAACUUACAAAACAUAUAUCAUUUCCAGAAAAAAAAUUUGUUGGGUUGUAGGAAAACUUUAUAUGAACAAAAGCUAUUUAAAAACAAUACCUAUCUUUAAUUGCUGGUAACAGCUACACACAAACAUUUCAUCACAAAAUACUGAUGACAAGAAUAUUAAGGCAGUUGUUCACAAAGCAAAUGUGUAAAGAAGUAAGGAAUGUGUGAUGAUAAAUGAUAGACGGAGGACAGAAGAUGCUGGGAACGGGAGGAAGUAAGUCGCGGUGCCAAGAUUCAUGAGUACAUAAACAAUGUGGUCAAAAGAGGCAUACAUGAGGUAGUUUAGACACUGCUAUUAGGUUUCCAGCUAAGCUUUUCCCAUGGCUGAAAGUGCUUAAAAGUGUGGGUCUGAACAUGCGAGCAGUUGGAGAAGAGAGGCACAACACGGCAGGUCGUGUGAUUUGCCAAUAAAAUCAAUCACGACUUAUGCUGUGUAUAACGACACUGUACGAAGACAUUAACUGUGGCAAUACAAAAAAGAGUGUUCUUAAAGUUUACCAGUCACCAAAUAAAUAAUGAAACUCUUUUAGUACCCUUUGAUAUCAAAGAAUCUUUCAAUGUUUACUUAAGGUAAGUGGAAUCUGCAAGACAUUAGGUAACUGUGUGGGAUGAAUGCAGACGGGAGCACUGUGUUUGAGUUAUGAAACAACUAUGUUAUAGGGGUUGCUAGAUAAAUAAAUAAAUGUAAACUAGGAUUUAAGAUAGAAAGAAUGGAUUCUCAGAAUUGUCAGAAGUAACUUUUAACUGGAGACUAUUUUCCUGUGCUUUUAAAGUGUAUUUAGUCAGAAUUACUAUAAAACUUUUGACAACAUAGAACAUACUAAUUAGUGCAUAAGAGGCGGGCAUUUUUACCAGCAUAAAAUUUGUUGGUGAGCUGUUGUAUACAUUACGCUUUUAUUUACAUUCCAUUAUUUAAUGAAUUUGUAUUUGUAAAACUAAUAUUUGAUGUAAUUUUAUAAAUGUUGCAUUUGGUUUUUAUUUGUUUUAUGUCAUGACAAGGCAAAUUAAUUAUGUUAUGUACUUAAUGUGUGUGUGGAAACCAUACAGUAAUAAUUUUUGAUUCUCAUAAUUUGCACAGAAGUUUCACACCCCUACCAUCUCCCCAUAAGUGGAGGUUUGUUCGGUGGAGUUAUUGAACAUUAGAGAAUGAAAUUACUUUUCCUAUACUAAUAUGAUACUUUAAUGAUUUUGCAUAGUUAUUACAACAUAAGAUAGUGCAUUGUAAUUCUUUUAAUUGGUUGUGUAUGGAAUUAAGGUGGCUCUGCAAGAUUUUGAAAUGUUUAUACAUGUACAGUAAUCAUAGCUAUGUUUUGGCUACAGACAUUUUUCAAAAGUUUCGAAAGUGUUCUACAGUGAUGUACACAAAUAUCUGUGACUUUGAUAAAAUACUUUGAACUCUGUUAGUUGCAUGUAUUUAUCUGUUAAUAGGUAUUACGUAGGGAGUAUGAGAGUAUAUUAUUUACAGAGUUUAAUACAAUAACGUAACAGUUUUAUAUAAGUAUGUAACUUCAUUUUGUAACUGUCAGGUGCUAUAUUAAUUUGUGGUUACUUGGUAAACACUUAUUAAAGUUAAGGGGGAUUAUUUGUUUUAAUCCUUAUUUUAAUUUGGUGAAUAGGGAGUGGUGAAACUGAUGAAGUAUAAUAUUGUUUUUUAACUAUUAAUCGUAAGUAUUAACAUUGAGGGUGAAAAUUAAAUAGUGACUUAUUGUGAUAUUUUGCAUUCAAUAUUUUAAGUUUGGAUGCUGGCGUUUCAAAAUACUUAAGAUAUCUAUCCAUUGACCAUUGGUCAAUUAUGUGAAAUUGUUUGAAACAUAAAUAUGUGCUUUUUAAGGAAGUACUUGCAGUUUUAUGGUAUGCAUAUACAGUAAUACAUUAAUACAAACCUGAUUAACAUAAAACUUGUUACUACAAAAUAUUUUCAUACUCCUUUGAAAUAGAGUUGGAGAUUCAGUUGAUUUUUUUUUAUACAAAAUAUCAUAUGUAUAUUUAAUAGAACCAAGAUUUUUGUUCCAUGAGAAAAUAAUUGAAUAACUUGUAUGAUAUUAAAGAAUAGUGAAUGCCAUUACUUAAAGAACAUAAACACAUUUUCACAGUGUCUGUUUAUUUCUUUAUAAUAAUCAUGCAGGAGUGUGUUUAAAAAAAAAUCUCAUUGUCAGAAAGUGACAGACUUAUGAUCCCUUCUGGUUUGUAUUGAUGAGGUUUGAUUGUAAAACUGAAAGAAAACUAAUUGUGUAUUUCACAUAUAAAAAUGUCACACUUUGUUUGUCUUUUAACUUUUAACCUGUUAAGACUACCAGUGAUUGAAUUUGUUGUAUGAAGUAUGUAGCUUGUUGGAAUGUACAUAUGUAUUACUGUAUAUCAUUUGACGUGAACACUUCCUCAAAGUUGAGUUCCUUUUGGCAUUAAGAGCUUAAACAUUUCAUAGGCUGAAAAAUACACUUGCUAGCUAAAGUUUUGCAUAAUAGCUAGUGGUGGGUCAAAUCCCAAAGAGAACUUGGAAUGUACCCCUUAAAUCCUAAUAUAGGUGAGAAGGGUUCAAAAUAAAAUAAUGUACAAGAAACAAAAAAUAUUAACUAUCGUGUUGAAAUAUUUAAUCCUUUUAGAUGGUUUAUUCAUGAACUAAGUUUUCAGAAUCAAUAUAUGUAUGUAUAUAAUUGCAUGUUAAAAGUACAAUAUCUUAGAGAAUGGUAACAGGUUAGAUAUUGAUGUGGUCGAGGGAAUCGUUAGUGGACAUUUUAAGGAAAUUACUGGGUGCCACUUGUUUUAAGGGCACGGAUCUGGCGGAGACUAACCCCGCAUGAUGACUCUUUUCACCCUCAACACAUUUCCCAAGACUACCAGAACUUGGCCCACUUCUAGCAUCGGGAACACUAUAGAAAAUACUCACGUAGGCUCUUUCGGCGUCCCGCAUGUCACUAUGCAGUAACAUGUACACGGGUGGUUAGGCGUAGAUGAAAACAUGAGGCGUGCGGUAUUGCAAUGAUUUUAUUACACGGCACUGCGUCUCAAGCACCUCUUACAAUAACUGCAAUUAACAAAAAAAAAUACAGCUGUGUAACACCUCAUGGCACGACUGGUCGAUUUGAAGUCCAAGUCACCUCAUGGUCGCGUAACGGCAGAGUUCCGAUUGAAGGAUUUCUAAAUAAUUAAGUAAUACAGCUGCGUCCCCGAGGUAAGCUCUGAGGAUGAUUUAUUACAUGUUUUGAAAGAAAGUUACAAACAGAAAGACGAAGAUCAGUUAAACGCAAAAGGUGAAGUCUCCAGAGUGCCGAGAGCGUCUUACCUCGGGUGGCGACGAGAAGCGACUGGGCCGAGCUCCGGCCGCUGAGGUGGCUCAUCGGCACUUUGGCACCAAGCGGAAUAAGUCUUUGUAUCAUUUGUAGUUGUGCCGCUGACGUACUUGGGCUAAACAAGAUAAUACCUUAAAAAUUAAUCUUUGACCAUUUCAGCCUCAGGAACAUUUAAUAAAAAGUUAAAUAAAUUAAACUUUUAAUGGCCUUCGGCAGUCCGAGUCUCUUGCGGCGAAGCGGUAACAUAAAAUAAUAAACUUGCAGAAUGUUUAAGGAAUUCUGAAACAACAUAAGCACUUACGAACAAGCCAGAAGGGUGUGCAAUACUAAUUACUAAUUAAUAAACUCUGAUUGGAUUGCGCCGUCUUGCGGUAGCUAGUUCGUGACGUGCUGACACGCGCAUGUCGUCGGCAGGAGGUGGGAGGGGCGGCGACACAUCACGCUCAGUGGGGCGAGUCCCGGACGACGUCUCGUGAAUAAACAUCGGGGGUUAUCAUUGAUGAAUAUUUUAAUUUUCUUUAUUUCCUUUAAUAGUAUUUUUCAAAUCUAUUUCCUUGAAUAUUGGAUCUUUAUGUACGAAGGAUCUGAUGGUAUUUGAGGACUUUAUUGUCCCAUCACGGCCAUCACUAAUAAGCAUAUCCAAGGGUUUUUUCCCCUGAAUCCUUGGUGAGUGAGGAUCAGACUGGACACUGCAGUGGGGCGGUGGGUAUAGUCGUCCACCCCGCCCCCACUUCCUCAACUGCGUUCUCACUGCUUCGCACUUCACCCGUCUCUCUUACCUUAGUGUCAGUGGAACCUUAAACACUGAGGAGUUGAUUCUUUGUGCGUUCAUUUGUUCACUUUGAGGAUGGGCACAGGGGAAACAAGCGAAGGUUACAAAGAGAAUGGUUCAUUGUAGACAGUGGCACAGUCAGACUAGUGGGAGGUCCCUCCCCCAUCUUACCUUACCCAUCCUGUACAACUCUUUAGUUACUGGUUGGUAAGGCCGCGGACAUGCCGGGUUAUAAGUUUUGCCAGAUCAUCAUAGUUAUAACUGCAAUGCCAAAGGGAAAUUAGUAUACAGUGCAUUAGUACAUAUUUAAAACCUGUUGCAUUACACUGCUCCUUAGAAAGAAAAAAAAUUCCUGGUAAGUAUUUCUGCAUCUGUGAUUUAGAUCUAUUCUUCGAAAAAUUAUUACUGGAAUGUACCCACUAGAAAACAACAAAUAAGGUACAGAAGUGAAAACCAACGGUCACGAUAAAGUCUUGAGCCAACAAAAAACUCUUGCAGCGCAGGAGUGAGACCUAGACAGCUGGAAUUCACCCGGAAAAAUCUAAACAUGAGUGGUUUUGAAUGGUACCAUAGAAUGCUGUUUUUCGCAUUCAUGGUGUGCCCCAGAUCGUAAUAAGUCAACCCUCGAUAUCGUUAUGCAAAACUUUUGUUGAAGCAUGUUUUGCAGUAGACUUAAAGCUCUUAUGUCAACCUGAGCAGUGGUGCUUGUCAUUGAAAAUUGGGGUUUACUGCUGAAAUAUUUUUAUUUUCUAUUGUUAGAAGAAUUUAACAUGGGGCUAAAUGUUAUAUUUUGUAGGUAUUUUGUUUGAACAUUAAAUGAUAAUUUUAUGUGUAUUGAAAUAAGUUUUUCCAGAUUUUUAUAGCAAGUGUUUAUUUUGUAAUGAAAUUAGUAUUAAUAUGUUCCUAAAACUUUUAACUGUUUUAAAAGAAUUUAUACAUAUUUGUUUUUCUAACUAAUAGAAAUUUUCUGAUGUAUAAAAAUAUAUGAGUGGUGUCAUUGUGUUACAUAAGUCUUUUUGAAUUGUGUAACUAAUGGUAAUAUCUUGAUACUUAUAUUAAAAUGUUUUACAAGUGUUA